CCUUUUUCCCAAUUUGGCCUUGAACAUCACGAAUUGAGGUUUUUAAGCUCGGAAAAACCCUAGGAUCCAAAUUUGGGGGUUUUUUCAAAUCGGCUUCAAUUGGUGCCAUUGAUGGUUCCUUUGUGUUCGUAUGGACCUUAGAAGAUUCCUGGUGGGGUUGCGCGACGUCAGAGGUGCCGGAGGUGGCCGGAAUUGACGAAAACCCGCCGGAAACCGCCGGCCCGGGUCGCGGCGGCGAUCUAGCGUUUCCGGCAACCAAGUCAGGUGAGACUGGUCGCGAUGGAGUCGUAUGGAUGCCAGGAGUCGUUUGGGAGCAGUUUGGAGCGUCGCCGCUGCGUGUGGUGGCCGGAGCAAGAUGGGCAGGGACCUGGGCGGCGGCUGUAGCGAUCUGGAGUUUCCCGGCGGCUUUUCCGGUGGUGUUUGGAUAGUCAUAUCUCUGUCUGCUGGUGUGGUUUCUACUGUAGAGAAGUCCUCUGACCCUCCUUUGCCUCUUGACUUGUCCUUUGUGCUCGAUUGGAGUUGCGUCCAGACUUGCUCAUCACGAAAGACAGUGGUUGAGGUUGUUAAAGGUUCACUUAUCUUUGGGGAGGAAGAGGCAUUCUGAAUGCAGGGGGGGUUGUGGGAUCUCCUCACUAUGAAUGGCCAUCCCUUUAUGAGUGAUCUUUUCAAGAAAAGAGUUCAAGGCCU